CGGUCUGAAUCUUUGUUAUCACAAGCCGCGGUCUCAUACAGCUGUAAUUCACAACAAUGGUGGUGCCGGUUGUGUUUUAGGUUAAAGUUGCGUGGCUUUGGGUAACAGUUUAGUCCAAUUUAGAGUUGUGAAAAAUGGACAAUAGGAUCACAAUAUGUGACCCGGACGAAGAAGAAAUCGACAAUGAAAUAUUUCAAGAUAUCGAGCCAGUCACGUGGAUCAACGAUGAUCCGAACUAUGACUUGGACGAAGUCAACAUGUUCUUCCAUAGGGUGGAUUCCGAUCAGAUUAUAUACGAGGAGAAAAAGAAAAAAUGUAAAUUUAUUGGUAAAUAUCUUAUGGGUGAUGUUCUUGGUGAAGGUAGUUACGGAAAGGUGAAAGAAGUGCUGGACUCAGAGACACUUUGUCGUAGAGCCGUGAAAAUUUUAAAAAGGAAGAAACUUCGUAGAAUCCCAAACGGAGAGCUUAACGUUCAACGGGAGAUAAAACUAUUAAGGAUACUAAAACAUAAGAAUGUAAUUAACCUUGUAGAUGUUUUAUAUGAUGAUCAAAAGGAGAAGAUGUAUCUAGUUAUGGAAUUUUGUGUAUGUGGAUUACAGGAUAUGUUGGGAAGUACACCUCUCAAAAAGCUUCCACUUUGGCAAGCACAUGACUAUUUCUGUCAGUUGUUGGAUGGUUUAGAAUAUCUUUACAGUAAAGGAAUAGUACACAAAGACAUAAAACCAGGAAAUUUAUUGUUGGCUUUAGAUGGUACCUUAAAGAUUAGUGAUUUUGGAGUUGCAGAGGCGUUAGAUAUGUUUUCUGAAGACGACAUAUGUAAAAUGGGACAGGGGUCACCAGCAUUUCAGCCUCCUGAAAUUGCAAAUGGCUGUGAAACGUUUUCUGGCUUUAAAGUAGAUAUAUGGAGCAGUGGAGUUACAUUGUAUAAUAUAACAACAGGCCAAUAUCCUUUUCAAGGUGAUAAUAUUUAUAAAUUGUAUGAGAAUAUAGGGAAAGGUGAAUACACAAUACCCGAAGAAGUAGAAGAGCCUUUGAAAUCACUUAUACAAGGAAUGUUACAAAAAGAUGCAGAUAAAAGAUUUAAUUUACAACAAGUUAGAAGGCAUCCAUGGACUAUAUGCAGGCAUCCUAGAACACAAGAAGAAGUGCCUAUACCUCCUCUUAAAGGACAUAAAUGGCACAGUAUGACCGUACUACCGUACCUGAUGGAAUAUCAUUAUGGAGGUGACAACAAUCCCACGUAUUACACUGAACAUCAACUAAAUGAAGAAAAAAGGCAUCAAGAAGUGGACAGAACCAGUGAAGACCAAAAAACUACAUGGAAUAGUCACAACAGCAAAUCAAAUUCGCAUCAAAGCAAACGAAGAUGGCGCAAACCAAUUUCAUGCAUUAGCGUUAAGAAAUUUCCAUCUUGCAAGCCAUCGUGAUUUGUCUCGUUGCCACGCUUAUUUUUUAAUUAUAUAUUUUCCUGACUAUGUUAGAUACAAAUAGUUUCUCUGCGGUGGAGACGACUGAGAGUCUAAAUAACACGCUAAGAAACGCUAGGACAGUUUACCUAGAUGCAGCUCGAAUUGAGUAUAAAAUUUGAACUAAUUCAAAAGCAUUAAAUAUAAACAUUUGUGAUAUUAAUAUUAAAUAAUCAUAGUAGAUAAUUCGUCAUGCUCUACUAAUUAUGAGGUUAAUCACUCUUAAGUCCAAAUAAAGUGAUUCUCCUUCAUGUGCCAUAACAAAGUUACGAUUAUUAAUGGUUUCUAUUAAAAAAUGUUUCAUACAACUUUCUCCUUUCUCGUGUUUCGUUAAUUUAGAUGAUGAAAAAAAAUUAAGUUGCUAAACAGC